ACGUUGAGUAAAUUGAUUCAAUGGCGCUGCGCGGCUUGCAUAACCUGAAGGUUCUGGACCUGAGCUCUGCUGCCGUCCUUUACCUACAACCGGGCACCUUCAUUGAAGUCGAAAACCUGGAAACUCUGGAGGUAGGCGGCAAUGGCCUGGUGUCACUGCAGCCGGGCGUGUUCGCUGGUCUUCACCACGUUGAACAUCUAGACUUCACUGGCAGCUCUUUGACGUGGAUUGUUCCGGGAGCCUUUGAUGAUACCGAAGGCAUCCUUACGGUCGAUAUGCCCAGCCAACACCUCUACUACAUCGCAGAGGAUGCAUUCAGGGGACUGACAGACAUUGAGUACGUCGACCUGUCUGGCAACCAUCUUACGACCCUCGCCAUGAAUGUGUUUGACGACGACCUGGAUGAUCAUCAUCAUUAUCACCAUCACCACAACGACGACCACGUUCAUCUAGAUCUCACGGAUAACCCGUUGAUCUGUGGCUGUGACAUCGCCUGGCUGACUGUGCAUCCAUUCUACACCGAGGGCACGUGCACAAAUGGCAACAACUUCGCCGUCAGCCUUUCCCAUCUGCACCUCUCCUGCCCGUGAAAACCCGGGGCGUCGAUAGAUGGCGCUGACGUCGGUGCAGCGCUGACCUACGUUGAUUAAUUAACUGAUUUUAAAUUGCACUAUUUAACUGUUUGUUUACCUGUUGAGUCAUUAAUAAUAUUCAUUCAUAUAUUUACUAAUAAUAACUAUUGUUAGCUGUGAUGAGUAAAAAUCGUGUCGAUAUUACCGAUAUUAAAACAGCGUGAUACUAUAAUGACAC